AAGAUUUGUCAUAACCCUGCGGGAGAUAAUGAUCUUGGAUUAGCCGAAAAAACUUACGAAAAUCUUAUGGAGAACUUAGACGCACUUUCGGAGGAGCAACUUGAUGAGUUACUUCGGGAGGCUGUCGAAAUAAACCAAAGAUUGAAGUCCUUUGAGAUAAAACAGACUUUGAGAGCUCAUGGCGGGAGCAACUUGCACGUGGGUGAUCACCGAGGGAAAAUUUACGAACAAUCUGGAUGUCAACCGCAGAGACCUCACUUUUUACCUCCCAUUCAACAGACAAAGACAACUCUAGUUUCUCAAGCCAGUGUAACGAAAGAAGUUCUGACUUAA